AUGACGACAGUUGGAAGUUUGGAACCGUUUGAUUUGGGACAGCCAAAUAAAUGGGGCUCAUAUUUGGAGCGAUUUAAAUUGUUCCUGCUUGCCAAUGAUGUCAAAGACGAGGGUCGCAAAAAAGCAUCUUUCCUCACAUUGGUCGGAGCACCAGUCUAUGAUCUUUUGACAUCAUUGGCGUUUCCAAACCAGGUCAGUACAUUACCGUUAGACCAAAUUGAGAAGAUUCUAACUGAUCAUCUUUGUCCACGUCCAUCGGAAAUCGCGGCAUUUUAUCAUUUUCACAAACGUGAUCAACAUCCGGAUGAGACCGUCGGAAACUAUCUCGCAGCGCUGCGGGCAUUGGCAGUGGGUUGCAAUUUUGGAGCAGCGUUGGACAGAAUGCUGCGUGAUCGUUUUGUAUGCGGCAUGAGGGAUGAAAGCUUACAGAGAAGUUUUCUUGCAGACACUGAAUUGACAGUGCAGAAAGUUUUGGAGAGAGCAACUACUAGUGAAGCUGCAGCAGCGAGUGCAAAGGCUAUCAGACAGCCUAACGAGACUAUCCACAGCAUCAAAUCACAGCGCCCUCAACAACCACAUAAAGGAAAAGGACAACAAUGUGCGGGUUGUGCCGGUCCACACGGCCGGCAGCAAUGCCCUUAUCGUGAAGCAAUAUGUCACGGCUGUGGCCGGAAGGGCCAUCUUAAGCGUGUCUGCCGGAGUAAUGACUCGUCGAACGAUGUUCAUCCAGUAAAGGGCAAAAAUUCACGUGGGAAAUCGGUAAACCUCAUAUCUAAUCUGGUGUGCCUGAAGAAACGUAUCACGGUACAGAUUAAUGGAAAAUCGUGUACUUUUGAAGUGGAUUCUGGAUCUGACGUAACUAUGAUGACGUUGCGGACUUAUGAUCGUAUCUGGCCAACAAACAAGCCUAAGGUUUACAACUACGAUCCGGGGUUUAGUGACUACCAACACAACCCAAUCCAGAUACUAGGAGUUUUUGAUGUAUCAAUUCAUUACAACGGUCGUAAUAUUGAUAAUCUACCAGUCAUCGUCACUAAAAGCGGUUGUAGCGACCUUCUGGGUUGUAACUGGUUCGACCCACUAGGCAUCAGUAUCAAGGGCAUACAUUCAGUGGGCAGUGACGUACAGAUCGCAGGCAUUCUGAAUAAGUUCGAACACUUAUUCUCAACAGAACUUGGUUGUUACACUGGUCCGCCAGUCAUAUUAAACAUUGAUGCUACAGUGCCACCAGUGCGACUACCUCCACGCCGAAUUCCAUAUGCUCUAAAGGGACUAGUCGAAGAGGAGCUGGAUCGCCAAUGCAAGCAAGGGAUUCUUAAACCUGUGGAGUAUUCAGAUUGGGCCACUCCUAUUGCACCAGUUAUCAAGAAGGACGGUUCAAUUAUAUUUGCGGCGACUAUAAAUCAACUUUAA